CCACAUCCGCUUAGUAUAUAUGUCACCACCCUGUCGCUAGUAGGGUAAGAGAAGCUGAGAACACAACGAAAUUGUAUCAGAUCGUACUCAAUUUACAGUAGACAUGCAGAUCUUUGUUAAGACCCUCACAGGCAAGACCAUCACUCUCGAGGUAGAGGCAAGCGACACCAUUGAGAACGUCAAGGCCAAGAUCCAGGACAAAGAAGGCAUUCCCCCAGACCAACAGAGGUUGAUCUUUGCCGGCAAACAGCUGGAAGAUGGCCGCACCCUGUCAGACUACAACAUCCAGAAAGAAUCCACCCUCCAUCUUGUCCUUCGCCUCAGGGGAGGCAUGCAAAUCUUCGUGAAAACCCUCACGGGCAAGACCAUCACUCUCGAGGUAGAGCCAAGCGACACCAUUGAGAACGUCAAGGCCAAGAUCCAGGACAAAGAAGGCAUUCCCCCAGACCAACAGAGAUUGAUUUUUGCCGGCAAACAGCUGGAAGAUGGCCGUACCCUGUCAGACUACAACAUCCAGAAAGAAUCCACCCUCCAUCUUGUCCUUCGCCUCAGGGGAGGCAUGCAAAUCUUCGUGAAGACCCUCACAGGCAAGACCAUCACUCUCGAGGUAGAGCCAAGCGACACCAUUGAGAACGUCAAGGCCAAGAUCCAGGACAAAGAAGGCAUUCCCCCAGACCAACAGAGAUUGAUUUUUGCCGGCAAACAGCUGGAAGAUGGCCGCACCCUGUCAGACUACAACAUCCAGAAAGAAUCCACCCUCCAUCUUGUCCUUCGCCUCAGGGGAGGCAUGCAAAUCUUCGUGAAAACCCUCACGGGCAAGACCAUCACUCUCGAGGUAGAGGCAAGCGACACCAUUGAGAACGUCAAGGCCAAGAUCCAGGACAAAGAAGGCAUUCCCCCAGACCAACAGAGGUUGAUCUUUGCCGGCAAACAGCUGGAAGAUGGCCGCACCCUGUCAGACUACAACAUCCAGAAAGAAUCCACCCUCCAUCUUGUCCUUCGCCUCAGGGGAGGCAUGCAAAUCUUCGUGAAAACCCUCACGGGCAAGACCAUCACUCUCGAGGUAGAGCCAAGCGACACCAUUGAGAACGUCAAGGCCAAGAUCCAGGACAAAGAAGGCAUUCCCCCAGACCAACAGAGAUUGAUUUUUGCCGGCAAACAGCUGGAAGAUGGCCGUACCCUGUCAGACUACAACAUCCAGAAAGAAUCCACCCUCCAUCUUGUCCUUCGCCUCAGGGGAGGCAUGCAAAUCUUCGUGAAGACCCUCACAGGCAAGACCAUCACUCUCGAGGUAGAGCCAAGCGACACCAUUGAGAACGUCAAGGCCAAGAUCCAGGACAAAGAAGGCAUUCCCCCAGACCAACAGAGAUUGAUUUUUGCCGGCAAACAGCUGGAAGAUGGCCGCACCCUGUCAGACUACAACAUCCAGAAAGAAUCCACCCUCCAUCUUGUCCUUCGCCUCAGGGGAGGCAUGCAAAUCUUCGUGAAGACCCUCACAGGCAAGACCAUCACUCUCGAGGUAGAGCCAAGCGACACCAUUGAGAACGUCAAGGCCAAGAUCCAGGACAAAGAAGGCAUUCCCCCAGACCAACAGAGAUUGAUUUUUGCCGGCAAACAGCUGGAAGAUGGCCGCACCCUGUCAGACUACAACAUCCAGAAAGAAUCCACCCUCCAUCUUGUCCUUCGCCUCAGGGGAGGCAUGCAAAUCUUCGUGAAGACCCUCACAGGCAAGACCAUCACUCUCGAGGUUGAGCCAAGCGACACCAUUGAGAACGUCAAGGCCAAGAUCCAGGACAAAGAAGGCAUUCCCCCAGACCAGCAGAGGUUGAUUUUUGCCGGCAAACAGCUGGAAGAUGGCCGUACCCUGUCAGACUACAACAUCCAGAAAGAAUCCACCCUCCAUCUUGUCCUUCGUCUCAGAGGAGGGCAAUAAAUGUCCAAAACACCAAUGUUUCUGUCACCAAGUUUCUUAUUCCUUAAUCUGUUCUUUUUAUAUAAUUGAAGCAAUAUUGUUAAAAUAAAGAUAACUUAUCUCCUU